CCGUUGAUUGGGGUGUGAUCCGCAGCAAGGACGUAGCCGCCAUUAACCAACAAUAAAACACCUUUUCGAAAAACUGAACGAAAACAAACCAUUCCAUAUAGUGGAAAAACCCAGAAAUCAAGUGACAAAACCACAGUUUGUGUUCGAACAAGAGACGCGCAGGCCGUUUGCAAAAUGACACGAUUCGUGAUACCACCGUAAAAGAAGAUGGCGACCUAUACAGCCCAGGCAUGGAUUUCGGAGUAAUUUUCGUUUGGUUUCCGCUUUGCCUGUUUCAGUGAGUUCGCGCAGUGUGCGAACUGGACGACGACAUGCACCCCUCAAACAGGUGACGCUGUCGGCUGCACCCGCGGAACAUGUCAUGGGACUCUAUCGAGUCACGCGACUUCCUUGGCGGGGUGCCGGCGCACCAGCUGUCGGCGACGCGGCUGCUCAGCUCGCCUGAUCCCUCUAGACACCAUCUUGAUGAUCCGCCGGAUGUAUACCCGUUCGCAGAAGACUAUGGCGGUAACGAAAGCUCUCGAAAUGGCGCAAUGCGAUGGGGCUCGCGAUUUGGACCUGCGCACAGACCACCUCAAGCAGGGUUACUGGACUGCUUCAGAGCUUGCCGGAGCAGAUUGGAUCAAUAUGUAGCUAGGCGGAAGAUCGAGCGUGGCGUCCGGCUAUACGGACAGAACGAGCAGCGACAGGCAGUCAAAGUGUGGCUCUCAGCUCUACGAGGAGUCAGGCACAGGACCGACAAAUUCGCGUUGCUCGGUCAUCUUUAUCAGGCUUAUAUGGACUUUGGAAAAUACAGGGAAUCCUUGGAAUACGCUAAUCGUCAACUCAGCAUAUCAGAGGAACUGGACUCAGCGCCUAUGCGAGCUGAGGCUUAUCUCAAUCUAGCACGGGCGCAUCAGACCUUAGGAGGGCUUGACAGAGCUUUGUCGUACGCCCGCCAUGCCCUUUACAACGAUUGCGGCGGUGGGUCAACAGCAGGUUGCGUGCAUUUAACCGUGGCAUCAGUCAGCUUAGAGCUUGGGGCUUUCUCGAAGGCGAUGGAUGGGUUCCAGAAAGCGUUGUCGGUUGCACAAGCGCAGAAUGAUAACACUCUGUUACUUCAGGUUUACGUUGGUCUAUCUGAAUUAUGGCGGCGGUUAAAAGAUGCAGAACGAGCAGUCGCAUGCGCAGCUAGAGCGUGUGACCUCGGCCGCGGUCCGCGGUCCACCGACUUAAACACCAGACAUCAUCGCAUGGCGCUGCUGCAAAUGGCUACGGCACUAAGAGCGAGAGGAGAACUGGGCGACGCUCACGACUAUUGCAACGAGGCGCUGAGACUAGCAGCGGUGGCGGGUGAUCAGGGUUGCUAUGCGAGGGCUGUGCGGAUUGCUGGUGACGUUUACCGAAGGAGAUGUGACGUUGGCAAAGCUAUCAGGCAUUACGAAGUAGCAAUGGGAGCAGGUCAAGCGCUAGGCGACAGAUUGGCGCAAAUGGAAGCCAUGGACGGUGCAGCGCGAUGCCUUGAAGCUCUGCGGCUGCAAGGCAGAAUUUGCAACUGCCGACCGCUUGAAUUUAACACUCGCUUGUUGGAAGUUGCUACAUCUGUUGGUGCUAAGAUGCUAGUUCGCCGCGUGCGUCUACGCCUGGCGGAGAUCUACACGGCACUGGGAGACAACAACGCGGCGGCGCGGCAGAAACGUGCAGCAGCCGCGUGGGUCGCACCGCAAUGCGCGCGCUGCCGCGAACCGCUCGCCGAACAACCAGAGCCGCUCGCCUCGUUGCCUUGCGCGCAUAUAGUACAUCAUGCCUGUAUGCCGGAGUCGUGGUCGAGGCGGUCGACGCGCGGCGCGGGAGUGGACACGCAAUGCGCUGAGUGCGCAUCGCCCCGCGCAGCGCGCGCGCCGCCGCCGGCGCCGCCUGCGCCGAGGACGCUGCCGUCGCAGGAUUUCCCGUUCGGCACGCCGCCUACUCUGCGUGAGUCGGACCUCAACUCCGUGCUCUCCGAUCACAGCAGCCAGCAAGCCACUUCCAGCGUUUAA